GUGCAGCUGUGUUUUACUAAUCAUUUUGAUGGGUUUCAUAUGCAGAUGCAUUUAGAUCAGAUGGCAUAUGUCCUUUUUUAUCCUUUUUGCAUGUAUAGUGGCACAUUAGUGAGACCUGUUAGACCUGUUUGAGACCACCUGUCAGUUAUUUAGUGGCCUUGAAUGAUAAGUUGCAGAUGAAUGCAGAAAAAGUGGAGAGGAACAUCAUCGAGACACAACAGAAUCUCAACAAGGAAAUCAGGAAGAUUAAUGAAGGGAGGCAGGCCCUGUACCAGGAGCACAUCGACAGGACAAUCCUGAACUCACUGGAGCUGCUGAAUACUCUGGAUCAAGAUGUAGCCGAAGCCUCUCGUUUGCAGCAUCCUCAAUCUGAGAUGAUUGAGAAGGAUGUCAGCUCCUCUGAAGGGCAGCAUGAAUGUUCAGAGACUGGCCUCCGCUGGCGGUCUGACACUGAUGUCAGUUUGGAGUAUCAGUUUGUUGAGUGGACAUCACUCAGUAAAGAUAUUUUGAAGAAAUACACACCAUGUGGUCCUUUGAUAGACAUCACUGCAACCUCUGGCACACUGGAGGAAAUUCAGUUACCUCACUUCGUCUGUGUCGAUUCUAUAUCUUCCUCAGAUGAUGCAGUGAAAGCUCUUUAUGUGAAGGAUGGUACUGUUUCAUUGGAAAGAUGUGAAUUAAGUGGACUCCAUGCAAAGUUUCUCAAUCCCACAGCCGCAUUAUUUGGAGUUGUAGCAGUUCAGGGUCACCUCCCCCUGAAAUAUCACUGUGAGACUUUGAUUUAUCGCAACAGAAAGGCUCCCCUCAACCUUCAUGUGUACCUGAUUGUAAAGGAUCAAAAACUUAAGAAGUAUGUGGAGGAGAAGGAGAAAAAUAAUAUGGAGAUUGUAAAACCAACACCAGAUGAAGGCCUUACAAUGGAUGACAGUUACACCCUGAAGACGUCUUGUGAAUCCAAAAUCAAACCUCCGAGUUUAAAAUUGACACCCGGCAAGACCAACUUCUUUGAUUUACACAUUCAAGAUGCAAAGGAAUGUCUUGAACUCUCUAUAGAGACAAAAGAGGGACACAAAAUAUGGGAUGUUAAUAUAAAAUCAGAGGAAUUCAACACAAACAGUUCAGCAUCUGACUGGAGGCUAAAAACAAUUAAUAGAUCGGUGCUGAUUUUGCAGUGGUGGCGCCAGCUGAUAACAGCUAUUGAACUCUCAGCUGGGGGUCCUCUUAAAACGUCUCUUCAGCGAUCCAGAAGUCAUCAGUCCUCAGAGACUGACACAGCACAGAAGAAAGGAAGAUGCAAAAAGGGUGAAGGAGCUGAGUUUGUGGAGAAGCACAGGACAGAGCUGAUCAGUAGAGUGUCUCUGGUGGAGCCCAUUGCAGACGACAUGAAACCUCUGAUUGGAGAAGAGAAAUACCAAAUCAUCUUAAACUCAGGAACAAGAAGAAAAUGAGAGCUCUUCUGGACUUCCUCACAACAUCUAAACUGAAAGAGAAUCUUUACCAAAGCCUUGUAAAACAUGAGCGCUUCCUUGUUGAAGAUUUGGAGGAUUGUGUGUAGAUGUGUCAGAAGAAUGAAUUCAUUAUGGUUUAUUAUUACUUUACAGCUAAUGACCUGGAGUAUAAUGAGAUGUGGAAUAUGCGGUUCUGAUUGGUUUAAGUACCUUUGUUGUCUAUUUUUUACACUCAAUGUCAUCAAGUGUUCAGAUAAAAGCUCAAAUACUUUGAAUUUGAACUUUCUGAACUAUUUUACACCUUACCUUUGGAGAGAUUGGUCUGUUGUUAGGAAGAAUAGACAUUAUUCCAGACAAUCUCCAUCUGAAUAAUAGAUCUCUGUUUGUGCUAGAGCCACCAGCAUUAACAACUUUUACCAAUAGUCUUAUUUCCUUAACUUAGCCUGUGGUUUGUAAAAAAUAUUGUUUGGUGGCUUCACAUUUACUGAAAACUAAUUCCUUUUUGUUGUUUUUGGGGGACAUAUAUAUAUAUAUACACACACACACACACACACACAAUACAAUACUAUAUAUUUUAAGGAGUUCUCUGUUCCCAUUUAUUAUUAUUUUUCCUUAAGUUGCUUCAGGUAGCUAUGAUAAAUUGCCUCUGGAUACAUCUUUAUAAUUAACUGCUUUUUUAUCCUUCAUAGUGUCGAAAAUGAGCUUGGUGAGAGUUGAUGCAGUGCAGUAGUUUGGGCACUAUGUUUGUCUUUAAAUGAGUUGGACAAAUCAAUAAAU